AUGGAAUUCACAAUAAUCUAUGCCAUUGCAGCGGGUUCCUUACUGACAAUGCUCUUUCUCAUUCGCAUAGCCCCUUCGUUUCUGAACCUACUCAGAAUUCUUUCAUUCCUCAUAACGAAACACUUAACAUAUCCAUACUUAUGGGGUCGCCACAGGUUGGUUGCUCCUUGCACUCGAGCUGAUGCCUUGUUGUACAUUGUCUACGCUGUAGCAAAUGUGUUUUUUAUUGCCUUCGAUACCCCAUCAACAACAUUGGCUAGAGACCGUGCUGGAACACUUUCAGUGAUCAACAUGAGUUUCCUCUUCUUAGCACACCAUCUAGGCUUCCUUGCAAAUGCAAUGGGUGUUUCUUUGAUGAUGUGCAAGCGCAUUCAUCGGGCAGUGGGCUGGAUGACCAGCAUUCUCCUUAUUCUACAUAUCAUCAUGGCCCUGAUAAUUGAGCAGAAAGGAUGGAGUCUUCGUGAGAAACCCAAUCUCUUCGCGUUCAUUGGUGCUGUGAUGAUGGCCGCGCUUCUAUUGUUAUCCUUCCCUGUCGUUCGCCGUUUCCUCUACGAGCCAUUCCUUCGACUACAUCAAGCACUGGCCGCAGCUUGCAUAUAUUUUGUAUGGCACCACCUGCCAUCCGACACUCUGCUACCUCGGCUGUAUGUUUACAUUCCGCUUGGCAUAAUGCUACUUGCAUUCCUGGUCGAAGUUUUUCUUUUUAUCGUUGGGAAUGGUGUCUUCCCCUCACGCCCCUAUUCUCGUGCCUCGAUCAGAUGUGAUCAGGUGCAACAAACACCGAUAGAGGGCAAAGAGAUGACACCGCUUAAAGUAAGGGUGGCACUUGCACGGCCUAUACAUAUCCAGGCAGGCCAAUACAUAAACCUCUGGAUACCCGUGGCGAGCCUCUUCUCCUGGGUUCAGACACACCCAUUCAUGGUGACAUCUUGGUCACCAGAAAAGCAAGAUGUCCUGGAGCUUUUUGUUCAACCUCGAAAAGGGCUCACGGAGACUAUUCACCAUCGUACAGCCCUGGAUGGCUAUACAUCCUUGACGGCAUUUGUUACCGGGCCGUAUGGAGUCAGCAAAUCCGUGGACCAUUACGAAUGUGUCCUAGCAAUUGCGACCGAUUUCGGUAUAGCAGGAGUCAUCUCUUACCUGAAAAAGCUCCUCUACGGAUAUAACACUUGCACCUCACAAGUGCGUCGAGUACAUUUCGUGUGGGAAGUCCAAACAUUGGAUAUUGCAGUUGCAGCCCAACCACUUCUGAACAGCUUGUUAAGCGAUGAUGUCUUGGAUGAUGGCUAUAUACUUGAAAUGUCCUUCUAUGUGGCAUCAAACCAGAUGAUAGAACAUGGCAAGCCGUUCGGCCAACAUCGCCGUGCCACAGUUUUCAAUGGAAAACCUCGAUAUGAUCAGAUAAUAUCAAAAGAGGCUUCCGGUCGAAACAUCAAACGACUGGCAAACACACAUGAAGCCCGCGACGCUUACUUCUUAGUAUCGGCAUCCCAUGAAGUACGAGACCUCUCGAGAGAAAUAGUUCGAAAACACCUCGAACAGAAAGUUAGGUUGUAUGAGACGGAGUUUCAACCUUCAUAA